AUGGAAGAGAUGACUGAUUUUUUCAAGAAAACGAGAUCAAAUUGGUCGUUAAUAAACUUUUUACAAUACAGGCGGAAACAAGAAGAUUUUUCAUAUGAUAAAACUAAAGAGCACUCGGAUUACAAAAAAGCAUUAGAAACAUUGAUUGGCUGUGUUGAUUAUACAAAUAAGGCAAAAAAAUGGCUAGAUACUUUUGAAUGGAUUACGCGUUCCUUCGGCGUCCUUGAACUAAGAGCUAGAAUACGUUUGGCCAUUGAGACAAAUGAAAGAUCUUCCAAGAGUGUAAAUAAAUUCUGGAUGACAGUCAACGAAGAACUAAUUGAUAGCAAAAUAAAAAAUGAGGAGAACGAAUAUGAUUUAACUUUGACCACUAAUGUCAAUAAACAAAUGGGAACGUACGUAAAUGCUACCACUUCUCGUCUUACAAAACGAUUUUUAGAGUGUGCGGAAGAAAGCCCUCCAAAACGCGUGCCAAAGGAAGCAAUAAACGAUUCUCCCAAUAAUCCUUUUACUGUAUCUGGAAUACCUGGUGAGAGUAACUUGAAUGACUCUGGAACGCCCGAUGAAAGCAAUUCAGAUAAAUCCUAUCAUCCCAGUUCAGACGAAGCAGAUGAUGAUUCUUAUAUUGAAUCGAAAAAAGGGAAGGCCAAUCAUAGUUAUGAUUGGUUCACUGGACCAGGCAUUAAGAAGUCUGAAUUAA